ACUCGUCGAUCAGAAGAUUCAGAACAGGGUCCUCAACUAACGAUUCUCUUCGUCGGAAAUUCUCAUUUUUCACGAUCCUCCGCCGCACUCUGUUGCCGAUUCUCAGAAUUGCCGAUAAACUAAUUCCGCUGAAAAUUCACCGCCAUUGUGGUGCCUGUAGAGCUUACAGUGUCCUUUGGCGAAACAAGAUUUCCGUUCGAGCUACCGGAACGUUUAGAAUCUCAUACUUCGGUUCAUCCAAUCUCCGGCCACCGCUUGGUAGGGCUUGGCAUUGUUUCCGAUCCGAGUUUCGGCUUCUUAAUGGCUUCGUGGCUCAAAGCUGCUGAAGGAUUGUUUGAAGUUGUAGAUCGAAGGGCAAAGCUUGUCGUCAGUGAGUUGUCAGAAGAGCAGUCCGAUAUUCAAACUCCUGCUUCUAAUGGCCAAGGAUCUCAAACCAAGAGGACAAAGUCAAAGAAAGAGGCAAAGAAACCAUCCGCGAACGAACCUUCUAAAGCAAAUGACACUGCAGAAGAGCAAACAAGCAUAUUAUCAUCACCGGCAGAUGUGGGAUCAGUGCCUGUACCUGGAACAGACGGAAUUGUUUCUUUCAAUGAAGACGACCGGACUGCUUCUGAUAAGUCUUUGACCCAAGUAAACAAAAGGAAGCAAGAUGACGAUGACAAUAAUGUCCCUGAGCUAGACAGUCCUUCAACAGAUGCCCUGGUAGUUGAAGCCGUAAAACAAAUUCCUGAUGGUGUGGAUGCUUCAGCAGUUGUUGCUGAUGUUGAAGUUACUGCACCAACUUCUAAAAAUGAGGUAAAUAAUGUGAACGCCGUGGAUGUUCAAGAGGAGAAUUUCUCGUCAAUACCCAUUAAAGAGAUUGAGGAGAUUAAAAAGGAUCAUCAAGAUGAUGGGCAGAGUAAUCCAUUGGGAGGUGAAGAAACUAUAUCAAAGAUAGAUCAAGACACGUCUGAGUUGGCAACUACAGACUUCCAGGCUAAUGGGGAAAAUCAAACGAAAGAUGAUUCUAAUAAGGUUCAAUCACCAGUGAAUCAAAAGGAACAAGAGAAUAAAGCUGACCAGUCUUCAAUGAAAAUGCAGGACCAACUUGAAGAGGCACAAGGACUGCUUAAAACUUCUAGUUCCACUGGUCAGUCAAAGGAAGCAAGGCUAGCUCGGGUCUGUGCUGGACUUUCGUCACGUCUUCAAGAAUACAAGUCUGAAAAUGCACAGUUGGAGGAACUCCUUAUUGCAGAGAGAGAAUUGAGUAGAUCAUAUGAUGCUCGCAUAAAGCAGCUAGAGCAUAAUUUAUCGGAGUCCAAAGGUGAAGUAUCAAGAGUAGAGUCAAGUAUGGUAGAAGCUUUGGCAGCAAAGAACUCUGAAAUUGAGGCUCUUAUUGGUUCCAUGGAUGCACUUAAGAAACAAGCUGCCUUAUCGGAAGGAAAUCUGGCCUCGAUUCAGGCAAAUAUGGAGUCAAUGAUUAGAAAUAGAGAACUAACCGAGACAAGGAUGAUGCAAGCUCUUAGAGAGGAGCUAGCUUCUGCAGAGCGUAGAGCGGAAGAAGAACGUUCUGCUCAUAAUGCUACAAAGAUGGCUUCCAUGGAAAGAGAAAUGGAAUUGGAACAUAGAGCCGUGGAAGCUGCAUCAGCUCUUGCAAGGAUCCAGAGAGUAGCAGAUGAGCGGACAGCUAAAGCAACAGAGCUUGAGCAGAAGGUAGCGCUGCUUGAGGUUGAGUGUUCAUCUUUGAACCAAGAAUUGCAAGAUUUAGAAGCUCGUGCUCGCCGUGGACAAAAAAAGUCGCCUGAAGAUGCAAAUCAAUUGAUUCAGAUGCAGGCAUGGCAAGAAGAAGUGGAACGUGCACUGCAAGGUCAGAGAGAUGCUGAAAUCAAACUAUCUUCCAUGGAGGCUGAAGUGCAGAAAAUGAGAGUUGAAAUGGCUGCUAUGAAGCGAGAUGCUGAGCAUUAUUCACGUCAGGAGCACAUGGAACUUGAGAAGCGUUAUCGUGAACUGACCGAUCUAUUGUACUACAAGCAAACGCAGUUGGAAGCCAUGGCUAGUGAAAAAGCUGCUGCUGAGUUUCAACUGGAGAAGGAAAUAAAUCGUGCUCAAGAGGCACAGGUAGAAGUAGAAAAAAGUAGAGUUUCACGUCGAGCUUCUGCAUCUUGGGAAGAGGAUUCUGAAAUCAAAUCUCUCGAGCCGCUCCCCUUGCAUCAUCGAUAUAUGGCCGGGACGAGCAUGCAGCUGCAGAAAGCAGCAAAACUGUUGGAUUCAGGGGCAGUCAGGGCAACAAGAUUUCUCUGGCGGUAUCCCACUGCAAGACUCAUACUACUCUUUUAUUUGGUGUUUGUACAUCUUUUCUUGAUGUACCUAUUGCAUCGUUUGCAGGCGCAAGCGGAUACUUUUGCUGCUAGAGAAGUUGCAGAGUCCAUGGGGCUAUCCCAACCCAAAUUGACCAUAAAAGACGAGUAAUUGCAUCUCCAACUUUUGUACAAGCAGGCAAAUGACAGUAGAUUGACGUGAAGAAAUGAAAACUCAACUGAAAAGUUGAAGCCUGGGUUCUAUUUAUCUAUUGUCAACUGCACAAUGAAUUGUUUACUUAAAAGAAAAAAAGAAAUAUACAAUUUUAGUUGUUUAUCAGAGAAGAUAAAGGCAAUUGGUUUAGAAAUAGAGUGGCUGAUACAGAUGAAAGAAGUCGCAUCGCAUCGAAAAUUUUCUUUAUCGUUAAUUUUAACAAUAACUUAAAUUUUUUUUUUCACGUUGUUUUGCUAGAAAUGGGAUCAGUUGACCACUGUCGAUACUUGUACCUAGUAGAAAAUAUUGGAUAUUGUGAAUCUAAAGUUUUCCAUUUGAUUUUAUAAAUUUAUGAAAUUGUGAGGAUAAAUGUCUAUUCAGGGGA